AUGAUUGCCGCUGCUGUAGAAGAAGUUGAGAAGAACUCAAAGGUGGUUGAAGCAGUCCCUUUAAGCAUAAUUCCACCCGAUUGGAAUAUUGCUUCUACCACGGGUGGUCUACUGAUGUUGGAGAAAAAUGAGAUCCUCAAUGAAAAACCUAAGAAUCCACCAAGAGUCCACCGGUUGCCCAAACGGUUCAGGUUGCCGUUCAUGCUGCAGAAGAAAAACAAGAAAAACUUCAUACAGUGGACAGAGGAGAAGAAGAAAAUGACCCAAGAAGAAGCCCUGUUAAUAGACUUCACUCCCUUGCAGAGACAAGAACAAAUAGUUAAAUCAGGGAAACUCUUGUUUGAAUUUGAAAAAAUCCUUUGGGCAGACAGGACAGCAUUCUAUUCCAUGAGGGAAGGGACAUGGAUAGAAAACACCAUCAUAGAUUCUUGGGCUGUCAUCCUAAACAAAGAAGAAGCUAAGAGUGACUCCCCAAGACGGAUAUUCUUUGGUGUUUCGUCAUUUGUAAGUCAACUAAACCCUUAUUGUUUAUCCCGCCCUGAGUUGAACUGGUUAUCCAAGCCUUCUAUGUGGUGGCUUAUCCAUGAUUCAUUUGCUGGUUAUCCAUCCAUGAUUCAUUUGCUGGUUAUCCAUCUGUUCUGUACUACUCAUUCACAAGAUCUGAACUGGUUAACCAUUCCUUCUUGUGUGUCAUCUAGGGAUACAAUCAGUCGAUACUAUCAACAAGGCAGUAACAAAGAGGAAAUCGAGUUCACAUUCUAUGAGAGGUUGGGUCUUGAACUAGAAGAACAAGGCCUUACUGUAGCAUCCCUGUUAGCGGCAAAAGCUAAUUAUCCAUUGCAUUUUGCUGGUCCUUGGAUUUUAUGGCAUCACAGUUUCGGUUCUUCAAAAGCUACAUUGCAUGCGUGUUUCCAUAUAGAACUGGUCAGUGCUCAGUACACCUUCACAGAGGUUAUGCUACCAUCGCAUAAGGACAAAACGCUAAAUGCGGAAGAUUGUGGAAUAUACACAAUGCACCACAUGGAGCGGUAUGAUGGUGGUGAGUACGAGGAUGGUACUACUUUGGAUUUCAACACAGGAAACAUCAAAGAGUACUGGUGGAAAUACAUGAUAAAAAUCCUUGUGCACCCAGCCAACAAAAAUAAAGACAAAAUCCUCGAAGCAAUGCACCAGUUCUAUACAAAUACUUCUGAAGAAGAACAAAAAGAAAUUCCAGAUAAUGUUGAUUUGAGCAGCAAAUCUUACUACAAUGACAGAAAAAUUCAGGGAUGGGUUAAAUGA